AUGCAGGAGACUCCCAAGGUCCACGGCGGCCGUCUCCUCGGCGGCCACCGCUCCAAUUCGUCUCCCACGGCUCCUCACGCCCCGGAAGCAAGACCGUCGCAUCCUGCUCCACCGGCCACCCUAGAUGCGUCUACGAACCCGCGCAUCACCCCUACACCCUUUCGCCAGCCAAUAUACCCGGGCGGCGCCUCGACGUCAAGUCCCGAGCCACCUCUAGCCGCCUAUCGCCCACCUGAAAGGGGGCGCGAUCUUCCCACCACCAACGCCCCUCGCCAAAGACUUCCGCAGCUUCCCUUCCGCAAUCGUGCCGGCAAUUCAUUUUUUCAACCGCGCAGCCGUGCUGCGAGACUCUGGAAUCCCACCAAUUCCACUCCUCGGCCGCGCCCAAGCCGCAGGCGAAGAGCGUCGACACCACCUCCGCCUGCCGUCCCCCUCUCUCACCCCACGUUAGCUUCGUCAGCCCUUCCUGCCGAUUCGAGCGGUGCGCGGGCAGGCGACUAUCCCCUCCUAACCCUACCCGAACAACGUCAAAUCCGACACUCUACGUCCACUCGACCGACCAGUCUACACAUCGACCAGGGCGGCAGCGACCGUCGAAUCAGCCUGCCCAAGUCUGUCCGCCAUUCGUACGACGAGAAGCGGUUGACUCCGACAACGCCCCAGGAUCUAUCUGAAAGCAACCCGUUUGGGCUCUUCUUUCCCAAAGACGAAACUACCGACACACGCGAUCCGCGGUCGAGCAUUGAUCAAGAACCCAAGAGGCUCGAUAAGGGCAAAGGCAAGGAAAUCAUGUCGCCUUCUGAAAAUGAAGAGGAACUGUCGUCUGCAAGAGGCUAUUCGAAGGAUCUCGAGCGAGGCCCUGAUGUUCUCGGGCAGCAGCGCCAUUCUACGGCCUCUAUGCCGGACGGCAUAGGCUCCGCUCUAUCCUCGUCCAACUCGUCUAUCAUGGGAGAUCCCGACGCACCACAAGAUGCUGGCGAGGAAUGGGGCCCGUCACACCCGUGCUAUCCGCACCUGAACCCACACGUGCCGGUCGACUCGCCGGAAUACACCAACACACGCAUCAUUCGUAUUCGACGAGACUGGCUAUUAGAGGGCGACCUCGCACCGACCUUCUCCAAUCUCUACCCUGAGAUCCUAGAUCCCGCCGGCCUGUCAGAACAAGAGUUCCGGCGCGUGAUUGAGAAGUUGAAUGGAGAGCUUGUGCCCAUUUUCAACCCUUAUAGCUGGAGGAACAUCCUCGACGGUGUUCUCGGCCUUGCAACCGGCUGGUUGUGGGAAGACUUUGGUAUGACCAGUAUCAAGACUCGGCUUUCCAAGCUAGAACAGUGGAUUGAGCAGUGGAACAUCGAGAUGGAGAAGACGGCCGGCUCAGACGACAGCACCGUGCCUCCCAAGAUCAUUCCGUUGCGCCAGACCGGUUAUAUGAGUCUUGACAUUCAAAUUGGGGAUCCCGAGAUCGCACCUGCGCCUAGCACUCCCGCGAGAACGGCUUCAGCAGGCGCACACGAGCCGUUGGCGUCCGCUAGCUGA